AUGGGGGAAGUUAGGGAAGAGAACGAGAGGCUAAAGCUGACCUUGGAUAAGAUGACGAGGGAUUACAGCUCCCUUCGCCGCAAUUUCCUCGACUUUCUUGGUAAUCAAGCUACUGCAACGGCGUCGUCUAGUUCCAAGAUGUUGGCAGCAGCGGUAGAUCGUGAUGAUCAAGAGCUCUCGCUUUGCUUGGGAAGUCGCGCUGCUGCGAAAGAUGAUCGGAGGAACAAUAAGGAAGAAGAGGUCAAAGCUGGGAGCUGCAGUCUGACACUGGGCCGAGGGUUGACCAUGGAUCAUGAUGAUGCCAAAUUCCCUGUAGAUAACUUGGGUUGUUUUCUUCAUCAUAAUACCAACAUUAACCCACGUGGUGAUGAUGAAUCGGUGAAGGAGGAUAAGGCAGCAGCUGAGACGUGGGAUCCAAGCAAAGCACCAGCGAAGAGGGUUCAUUGUACGGAGGAUGAUUCUUAUCCCGAUGACAAGACCCAAGCUAAGAGAGCUAGGGUUUGCGUCAGAGCCAGAUGCCAAACCCCUACGAUGAAUGAUGGAUGCCAAUGGAGGAAAUAUGGGCAGAAAAUAGCCAAAGGGAACCCCUGCCCACGAGCCUACUAUCGUUGCACCGUUGCACCAUCAUGCCCCGUCAGAAAGCAGGUACAAAGAUGUGCAGAUGACAUGUCAAUCCUGAUCACCACAUACGAGGGAACCCACAACCACCCGGUUCCAGCUUCCGCCGCCGCCAUGGUCUCCACCACCUCCGCCGCCGCCUCCAUGUUGCUCUCCGGCUCCUCCACGUCAUCACCACCGUCUCAGUACUACACCACUCCCUCCCCGUUGUUCCCCACCAUCACCCUAGACCUCACCGCGCCUCCCACAACCUCCGGUGCCGGCGGCCUUCCUCUAUUCGCUCCACCUUCAUCGAGACCACUACAGUACUUUCCACCUAGCCUCAGCUUUGCCAGCUCAUCACCAUACAACCCCAAUGUAACUAGCAAUAAUGGAUCCAACCAACAGGCUGUUUUGACGGAGACGUUGACCAAGGCGUUAACUUCCGACCCAAGCUUCCGCACCGUCAUAGCCGCCGCUCUUACUUCCAUGAUGAGCAAUGGAUCAUCCUCGUCACCAUCGUCAGCUUCAUCGUCAUAUUUACCGACUACGUUUCCAUUCAACAUUCUUAACAGUGCUUCCGUCUCUGCUGCUGCUGCUUCAAACACCACUACCCAAGAAUGA